AUGGAAAAAAUAAACAAUGUAACCGAGUUCAUUUUCUGGGGACUUUCUCAGAACCCAGAGGUGGCAAAAGUUUGUUUCGUGGUGUUUUCUUUGUUCUAUACAGUUAUUCUUCUGGCAAACCUUCUCAUCAUGCUGGCAGUGUGUGUGGGCAACCUUUUCAAGUCUCCUAUGUAUUUCUUUCUCAAUUAUUUGUCUUUUGUGGAUAUCUGUUACUCCUCAUUUACAACUCCCAAGAUGAUUGUUGACCUAUUAGCCAAGAGUAAAACUAUCUCUUACGUGGGGUGCAUGUUGCAACUCUUUGGAGUACAUUUCUUUGGUUGUACUGAGAUCUUCAUCCUUACCGUAAUGGCCUAUGAUCGGUAUGUGGCCAUCUGUAAACCCCUACACUAUAUGACCAUCGUGGACCGGGACAGAUGCAAUAAAAUGUUGUUGGGGACCUGGGUAGGUGGGUUUUUACACUCCAUUAUCCAGGUGACGUUGGUGGUCCAGCUACCCUUUUGUGGGCCCAAUGUGAUUGAUCACUACUUUUGCGAUGUCCACCCUGUGCUGGAACUAGCCUGCACAGACACGUAUGUUGUUGGUGUUGUUGUGACAGCCAACAGUGGGACCAUUGCUCUGGGGAGCUUUGUUAUCUUGUUAAUCUCCUACACUGUCAUCCUGGUGUCCCUGAGAAAGCAGUCAGCAGAAGGCAGGUGCAAAGCUCUCUCCACUUGUGGCUCCCACAUUGCUGUGGUCAUCAUCUUUUUUGCUCCCUGUACUUUCAUGUACAUGCGCCCUAAUACUACCUUUUCUGAGGAUAAGAUGGUGGCUGUAUUUUUCACCAUUAUCACCCCCAUGUUAAACCCCCUGAUUUAUACACUGAGAAAUGCAGAAGUAAAAAAUGCAAUGAAGAAACUAUGGUAUAUAGAAAUCUUUAUUUUUAACAAGCUUCCCUGGUAAUUUGUAUGUAGUCAACUAACUUGGAUUUGGAAACACUGAGACUAGAUGAUAUUUGAUGUUGUUAGAGCUUAAGAGGUCUGUGAGUCAAUGAAUCUAAAGAGCCUUACUUUUGCAUAUAUGUGCCCAUCUGCUCUGAUAACCACCACAAAGGGAGCUAAAACUGAACUGAAUUUAGAAAACUGUGGAAUAAAUCAUUGUUAUCCAUUUGAUAAUUUUUUUCACAAUACUCUUUCCCUUAUUCCUUUGCAAUACAAGUUUGAAGAUUGGGGGAUAA